UUCCUGUUAACGCACGCGCAGUUUGCUGUAGCAACCACGGUUGCUAGGAAAUCGCCACUGUCAAAUAGGCUGGUAGAAAAGAGCACACUGUUUAGGUCAAAUCGCCAGAUAUAUUCGCGAUCCGUUGGAAGUUUCCCGAAGUUUCAAGACCCAUCCUUUGAGAAGCCAUGGCCAAGGUGGUUUCAGCCCCGUCACGCUUUGCUCACGAGGACUGGACUCGGUCUAACCUCACAAAAUAUGCAAAUGCUGAAGUCGAAAGGGCAGCAUCUGAGAGAUUAGUUGAAGAAUCAAAACGUUUAGCUGAUGAAACAGAGAAAAGGACAGAUAAAACUCAAAGGGAUGUCAACAAGAAAUUCGAGCAGCGCCUGGAUGACAUCAAGUACUGGAAGAAGGAGCUUGACGACAAGCUUGACAGUCUCGCGACGGAGGUUGACAGUCUGCAGACCUUCAAGACCCGAGUGGAGAAAGCACUGGAGGCUACAGAGGAACCCCUGCAUAUAGCAAGGCAGUGUCUCAUCAACAGAGAAAAGCGCUUUGGGAUCGACUUGGUCCAUGAUGAUGUGCAGAAGGAACUGAUCAAGGAGGUGGAGACAAUCGAGGGAGUUCAAGCCCUCCUCAGACGCACCCUCGAACAGGGCACUGAGCAGAUCAGACUGAACCGCAAAUCGCGUUACCAGUUGGAGAAAGAUCUGAAGGAUAAGUUCUCCUCCAUGAGCAUCGAUGAGUACUGUCAGAAUCUCCGCAACAACUCAGCCAACCUCAGAUACAAGGAGGGCACCGCCAAGAUCGAGGCAAAUUCUGUUACACCAGAGGACUGGCAAGAUUUCUCGAAUGCCAACAUUGAGCAGGCAGAGCGUGAGAGACAGAGCUCUGUGGAUCUGAGGUCUCUGGUCGACGGUAUCCUGCAGCAGUCCUCCAAUGACAUGCAGAAGCAGUGUGAGGCUGUUGACCUGGCCUUCAGCAAGCGCAUUGCGGAAACCAAGGACACCAAGGGCAAGCUGGAGGACCAUCUUAACAAGGUUCUUGCCCAGAUCAAGGAAAUCGAAGAGAACAUCUCGCGCCUCAUGAAAGCCAUCGCUGACAAGGAAUCCCCACUAAAACUGGCUCAGACACGUCUUGACACCCGCACAAACCGACCCAACGUGGAACUGUGUCGCGACCAUGUGCAGUACCGCCUCAUCGAAGAAGUUGGGGAAAUCGAGGAAUCUGUUGGACGUCUCCAGGAACGUCUUCAGCAUUCCCAAGAUUCCCUCAAAGGACUCAUUCGUAACCAGCUGUCGUUGGAAGAGGAUAUUCAGGUCAAGGCCAACACCCUGUUUAUUGAUGAAGUCGAGUGUAUGGGUAUGAGGAAGAGCAUCAACAUUCAGAGUUAUUGAGGGUCGCACUAACAGUUAUGUUCAUUAAUAUUUUCACUCGGACAUCGUUUGGAAUUAUGAAUUUGCAUCUCCGAUAUAUGCCCCUUUGUUAAAGAUUACAAACUGUACCAUUGAAAUUCUAUUCAUUUUUAAUAUUUGGUCAAGAAACAGCAUAAAAGUCAAUUUGAGGUCACUGCUUUCAAUGUUUACAUGUUCUUGAUAUUGAGUAGAAAUGUCACAUUUGAGAAAAUUAUUCAUAUCUGUAACACUCUUUUGUGGUCAACAUUAUUUUUUUAAUUAUGUUGAGCUUUAAUGGAACAUUUACUCAGUUCAGUUGACAGAUCUUGACACCAAAUGAUUCUGUUUCCAAAGUUUUAAAGAGUUUGUCAUCAUGGUUCUGUUCUAGCAAUACUACCAUUGAACAAGUUUAUGCAUUAACCUGAGAAUGUAACUGUGAAUUUAUGAUAUCACCAGGUACUGCAUCUAUUGUCCAGUGCUUAUCUUAAACUGUGAUGAAGAUUUAUUUUGCCAGUGUACACUUUAUAUAGCUGUACAUUUUGUCAGUAUAUGUAUUCUGUGAAUUUACAUGUUAUCACAAUCGUAGGUAAUAAACCUGGAAUUUAACUAUG